UGUGUUAAUUAUGUGUCCGAUCUGAAAGAUGUGAGAUUAAUUAAUUAGAUAUUAGAAAGUUAAUCAAUAUCUUUCAUCGCCAAUCUUACAAACAGAAUGAAAACUUUUAUUGGAAAUCAAAAGUUCAUUUGAUUGAUUGUCGAUUGUUGAGUGAAUCGAAUGUCCAUUUAAUAUCUAAUUGUAAUGUCGCCAUAUAAAUAUCGUGAGUUCAAUGAACAAGACGAAGUUAUCGAAACCCGUUGGAGACAAUGGUUGGUUCAAAAAACGACGAGAGAAGCGACAACCGACCUGAUGAACAAGGUCGAGAGGUUGGGGAUUCGUUGGUUAUGCACAAUAAGCGGAUUCGCACAGAUCGAACCAAUAUCGAAAGGUCGUUACUUGUUCGAACUUUUUCUCGACUGUGUUGGUGCUAUUACGAUAUUAAGAGGUUUCUUCGUGAUCGUUAUACCUUACGAUUCAGUUCGAAUCGCUUUGGGUGAUCUAUUCAUUGGUUCGCAGGCUCAUGCGAUUCAGAACAUGUUGAUUACUUUUCUACUGAUACUUUCGUGUGGUCUAAGGUACCUUUCGUUUUUAAGUGAAAGUCGAGGUCGAAUGGAAACGUUCAGAAUAUAUGAUGGCCUAAGAUCGACUAAAUUUGACCAUAAACAGUUCAUGUUAACACCCGCUGAUUGUUCACACAUACGUAAGGCGUUUUUUCCUCUUCUUUAUUUCUUUCUUAUCGCAACUCCGUUAACGUGCUUGGGAAUCGCUGGUUGGUUGACCUUUGCCUUCGUUUCGAACCCAAUCAACUACGAAAAUUUGUACAACUCUGUGAUCAUCGGCAUUUGGACAAUCGUAAUUUCUGGUACAUUUACUAUCGACGCUUAUCCCUCAUUCUGGCAUUUCAGUCAGAACACAAUGAUCAUGGCCUUUGUUGCAUUCGCUCUCAACUCAAAUAAACUCUUUGGACAAUUGUUGGUCAAAUCGGGACCAAAAGCCGAUCAACGAGACCUAUUCAAAUAUUUUCGACAGCAAAAUAAGAUCUACAAUUUAAUCAAUUCGUCGACUGUGGAUUUGGGUAAAAUUUUAUUCUACGGAGUAAUUGUUGUCUCAAUGAUCUCUUCGAUACGAUCAUCUCCUCCAUAG